AUGAACCUCAACCUAUCAGCCUCGCUCAACGCCACGCGCCUCCUCCUCAAGCCUGGCAUCUGUCUACCCCAUCACACCGUGUCCACCUUCAACGAUCUGCCCAUCCCCCUCGACUCCGCCCUGCACGCCCGCGGCCUCAAGGCCGACAUCCGCGCCGUCGUGCUCGACAAGGACGACUGCUUUGCCUAUCCCGACUCCAAAGACGUCUACGAACCGUACAAGCACCACUUUGAGAAGCUGCGCCGCGCGUACCCCGGGCGUCGCCUGCUCGUCGUUUCCAACACCUCGGGCGCCACGUCCUGGGACCGCACACUGUCGCAGGCCGCCGAGGUCGAGCGCCGCACCGGCGUGCAUGUGCUGCCGCACGAGGUCAAGAAGCCCGGGUGCGGGCCGGAGAUCAUGGCCUAUUUUGCGCGGCACCCGGAGGCGGGCGUGACACACCCCUCGCAAGUGGCCGUCGUGGGUGACCGCCUGACGACGGACAUGAUGCUGGCCAACAUGAUGGGCGGCUGGGGCUUCUGGGUCCGAGACGGCGUGGUGCCGAUGAGGGAGAAGAGCAUGUUUUCGAGAAUGGAACGGAAUAUACACUACUUCCUAGAGUCGAGAGGUGUUAGGCCGCCUGAGCCUCAGACUAUCACAGAGCCGUAG